CUACUGUGGCGCCUCCGCACGAGAAGUUCCUCUGACGUUUCUUUCCGUACACUCAUCCGUGUAUUGUUGUUCCACUUUAGUUUGUUCUGUGAACGUUUUUACCAAAUUUGUUCCUUUCGCUUAGGAAAUUUUCGAUCUCACGUUUUCUAGAAACGCAACUCCGAGUACCUGGUGCCGAGCUAGAGAAACAAGGCCUGCAUGGCCUUGCCUAACGGCAAAAACGUAUUUUUUAUAGAAAGUCGCCCAUAAAGGGAGACGCCACCGCGCCGUCGGAGACGAAGCGUGUGCCUGCCCGGGGCGGUGGUGGUGGUAGGAGGCCCGCGCUCGCGUGGGCCGCAAUCUUGUGAUAAAACGAAACGAUAGCUGUAAUCCCCCCCAAUUUCCAACAAGCACAAGGUCGGCGCAGCCCACCCUCGAGCUGCUUGCAAACUGCAGGUUGCGCGCUACGUUUCUGUGACGUGAUAUGUUCUUCCUUCGUUCGAGUGAGAAGCAGAGACUAGCGGACAAUGUCGAGCUACACGUCGUCUUCCAACCAGGACGAAGGGGGCGCGAACGGCUACGUAGACUUCAACCAGUUCCUCUUGCAGCACAACUAUAUCGGCGGCAACUCCUUCGCGCCGCAAUUCAAUGAUUUCUAUAACCAGGCGUACAGCCAGGUGCCUUACAUGCCAAAUAUGGAGUCUAACGUGUUCCAGCCGCAGCCCAGCACGUCUGCACUCGCCCAGGAACAGCAGCGGCUGAGCAGUGAUAUCGCGAGCAACUCCACUUUGGCGCCAACUGCCGCCGAAUUCAUUCCACGCUUCAGCACGAUGAGUCUCGCCGACACCCAGCCCCAGGUCGAUUUCUCGUUCGAGGCGGGCAAUGGCGCGAGUGUCGAUAAUCGGAAACCGCAGGCGUCGAACUCUGUCCAGAAUGAGAACGUUCGCGAUCGGAAUCCGAAGGAAAAACGCAACACGGGCGCGAUAAGCAAACGCAGCCGCCACCAGUACUACGACCAGCAGAGGUACGAGCGCAACAACAACAGCAACGGAGGCUACAAUUCCAAUGGGCAGCGCCCGGAUAACAACAACGGGCGCAAUAACCGACGACGGGACAACUGGCGCAACUAUAGGGACAUCAACAAGUCGUCGCCGCAGAAGAAGCCGCCCGACGCCAGCCUGGACAAUUCCCCGAAGCACUCGAACUCAAGUCUGGACGGCGAGCCCAUUGGCGUGGUGUCCCCGCGAGCCUCGGAGCUCAGUCUCGACUCGCAGAAGUGCUCACAGCGCGACAAACUCAUUCGGGAGAUCGAGGCUCGCAAGCUGGAGUGUCUGGUGUGCGUGGAGCCGAUCAAAGGGCAUCAUUCGGUCUGGUCCUGUUCUAACUGUUACCAUAUCCUGCACCUGGUCUGUACCACAAAGUGGGCUUCAAGCUCGCAAUCCAACGACGGCUGGCGGUGUCCCGCGUGCCAAAAUGUCACGAAAACCAUUCCCCGCGAGUACUACUGCUUCUGCGGAAAACUCAAGAACCCUCCGUACAACCGGAGCGACGUGGCGCACAGCUGCGGUGAGACGUGUGGCCGGAAGGAUGCCUGUCCGCAUCCUUGCACGCUGCUCUGCCAUCCGGGGCCAUGUCCGCCGUGCCAGGUCAUGGUGCAGCGGGAGUGUGGCUGCGGUCGGACCAAGAAAUCAAUGCAGUGCUGCAUCCGAGAGGACAUCGAGUGUGAUAACAAAUGCGAGAAGUUGCUGAACUGCGAACUGCACGAAUGUGACGAGAGCUGCCACAAGGGCAAGUGUCCCAGUUGCAAGCACAAAGUCGACCAGCAGUGCUACUGCUCCAAGGUGAACCGGCAGGUUGCCUGCACGCGGGAGUCCAACGAGAAGAAGCAGUUCUCGUGCGGAAAGCCAUGCAACAAGCCCUUGGCGUGCGGCAAUCAUAAAUGCAAGGACAACUGCCACGCUGGAGACUGCAAGCCUUGCAAACUCACGCCUGAGGUGGUCACGUCGUGUCCCUGUGGAAAGAUGAUGAUCAAACGGGACGAGCGGAAGUCGUGUCUGGACCCAGUGCCGACGUGCACGGGAGUUUGCGGAAAGACAUUAAAGUGCGGACCUCCAGCCGCGCCCCAUCACUGCACUAGCCAAUGCCAUUCAGGCAACUGUCCUCCUUGCAGCAAGCAAACGGCCGUUCGCUGCCGCUGCGGGAACAUGGACCAAAUGAUCAAGUGUCGUCAGCUUGUCACUCGGGCGGACGAUGCGCGCUGCAAGAAACGUUGUACGAAGAAGCGCAGCUGUGGCAAGCACAAAUGCGCGCAAGAAUGCUGCAUCGAUAUCGAUCACAUCUGCCCGAUGCCCUGCAACCACACCCUGUCGUGCGGCAAGCACAAAUGCGACCAGUCCUGCCACCGCGGCAACUGCCCGCCAUGCUACAGGAGCUCCUUUGACGAGCUCUACUGCGAGUGUGGAGCGAAUGUGAUCUAUCCACCCAUUCCGUGCGGUACCAAGCGUCCUGCCUGCAACAAUCCAUGUACGCGCCAGCACCCAUGCGAUCAUCCUGUUCAGCACAAUUGCCAUUCGGGCCCCACGUGUCCGCCGUGUAUCGUCCUCACUACGAAGUAUUGUUUCGGCAAACACGAACAGCGGAAGACGAUUCCCUGCACCCAGGCGAGCUUCAGCUGUGGCCUACCGUGCAACAAGGAUUUGAGUUGCGGCCGCCAUAAGUGCAUCAAGCCAUGCCACGAUGGGGCCUGCCAAGCUCCCGGGGAGGUUUGCAAACAGAGCUGCCAAACGCCACGGGCGAAUUGCGCCCAUAAAUGCAAUGCUCCGUGUCAUGAUGGCGAUUGUCCGGAUACUCCCUGUCGGGAAACUGUGGAAGUGACCUGCGAGUGCGGCAACCGCAAGCAGACACGCACUUGUCAUGACUUUUCAAGCGAAUAUAGGCGAAUUGCGACCGCCCAGCUGGCCUCGUCGAUGCAGGAGAUGCAGAGAGGCAACAUGGUCGACCUCAAGGACAUCUUGGGUCCAGUUAAAACCACCAGCAACAAAACUCUUGAAUGCAACGAAGAAUGCAAAAUACUCGAGCGCAACCGCCGCCUGGCAAUUGGCUUGCAAAUCCGCAAUCCUGAUUUGCAGUCGAAGCUACUCACUCGCUAUUCGGACUUUAUUCGUGGCUGGGCGCGCAAGGAUCCGAAUCUGGUGAAAAUGAUUCACGACAAGCUCACGGAGCUGGUCAAGUUGUCGAAGGAGAGCAAGCAGAAGUCGCGGAGCCACUCGUUCCCGACUAUGAAUCGCGAGAAGCGCCAACUCGUGCACGAAAUGUGCGGAAUGUUUGGCGUGGAUUCGGUCGCAUACGAUGCCGAACCGAAUCGUAAUGUCGUGGCGACGGCGCACAAGGAGAAGUCGUGGCUUCCGGCAAUGAGCAUUAUGGAAAUUAUGGAGCGCGAGAGCGGGCAACGACGCGUUCCUGUGCCAAAUAACAACGCCUGGGGGUUGAAGAAGUAACGACAGCAGGCACUGCUCCGUGGAUGCAGCGUGUAACAUGGCUUUAAUCACUCGAUCGGCACCUCAGUCGUAAAAUAUUGUAGAAAACUGUAUUUUCUUUUUCUUUCGUUCCACCCACAUUUGGCUGACUUGAAUCCCGCCUGAAUAUUAGAAUUGACUCUGUCUUGACAUUACUCUCCCCGUUGGUAGUUUUUUUCGUGGAAAACCAUUGGAGAAGGGGGAAUAACUGUAAUAAGGCGUUGAAUCCUUGUUUUUCUAGCAAUUUGCAUUGUUGGAAGCGAAAAAUUUAUGGUAUCAAGAAAGGUAUUGCCUUUGCGGGGUGAGUUCCAAAAAAUAGCUCCAAAGAGCUCGAAACUCGUUAGUUUUGGUAACAAAAAAGGCAUCACUGUUGGCAGAUUUCAUACCAGGAAGUUCCCUAUUUUCCUCCCUUAAUAAGAGAUAGUCCAGGCUAUAACCGAAAUCUCCGUAAUUUGAUCAACCCCACCACUGUGUUAGCACUGCGGAAACUCCUAAGCAUUGAACCUUCUCGACUUGCACAGAACUUUUCAUUCCUGCCUUUCACAAGAUUCCCUUUUCAGCCCUUAAUUCAGAAAGUAUUCCAUCGAGAAAGUUUGUUUCCUGUCGAUUUCAACACGUGAAGUCUGUUAGCCUUUUCAGUCCUACAUUCAACAUUUGCAAUUUUGUCAAACCUCCUUGGAUGCUUUGUACGGAAAAGCAAUUUUUGGUAACAUUGUCCGCCAUGAGAAGGAAAAGCCGCGCCCGGGACGAAAAUUAUACGGGCUAUUCCCCGAAACUGCAGAACUGACCCAACUUUCGUAAAGUGUCUCUAUUCCGGGCUCUAGAAAAUCCGGCUCUUUCUUGGCCCUGUCUCUCCUCGUCAUCCCCAAUUGCUUACAAGCCCCUAGUUAUUCCCAUGUUCCCUUUUAAGCUCCUCUGAUUUCCUACUAUUUUCCAAGUAUUUCACUUUAAUUUCAAGUGCAUUGAAGGUAGUAGAAGCGGGGUCCGAAAUUUGCCGCAAAAAGGAAAAAAUACAUCCGAAACCGUAUCGCUAGCUUUGGCCCUUCCUAUAAACAAACACUUUAUUGAAAACGCUUAAAAAUAGCUGGUAACUGUAGGAAACAUUUUGAUCCCAGACUCCUCCCCUUCUCCAUUGGUUUUUCGCUACAGUACCCUCCCCCCUUAACAUUAAGUCCUCCACAAUUUGACUCAUUUCUAUUUCAUUUUCUUAAUUUGUAUCCAAUAAAAUUUUGAGAGAAGGUUGUUAAGUUUAUCGAAUUGUAAUUCAAUGAUUGAUGGAAAUUUUCGAAGAAAGAUAAAAACGAAGAAAUAAUUUGAAUGAAAUAACUUUAACUGAAGUAAUGGAUGAAAAGAGCUAAAAAAAAAUAUUGAAUAAUUUGAAAAAAAGUCGAGAAAAUGAAUAAAGACACAAAGCAACGGAAAA